AUGGAUCUGCAGAUCCUGGAGCAUCGCGUGCGGGUGCUGAGCCUCGCCCGCCGCGGCCUCUGGCUCUACACGCACCCGCUCCUCAAGCUGCUGCUCCUGCCCCGCCGCAGCAGGUGCAAGUUCUUCAGCUUGACAGAGACUCCCGAGGACUACACCAUUAUGCUGGAUGAAGAAGGCUUUAAAGAGUUGCCCCCGUCAGAGUUCAUGCAGGUGGUGGAUUCCACCUGGCUGGUGCUCAACGUCUUGUCCAACGGCAGGUCCUCCACCAGCUCCCAGGCCAUAGGAGUGACGAAGAUUGCCAAGUCCGUCAUCGCGCCACUGGCUGAGCACAACGUCUCGGUGCUGAUGCUGUCUACCUACCAAACGGACUUCAUCCUGGUGCGGGAGAAGGACCUGCCUGUGGUGAUCCACACGCUGGCCGGCGAGUUUGAUAUCUACAAGGAGGUGAAGGGAGAGUCCAUUCCUGUUAACUGUGAUGACAUGAGCAACGGCUUCUUGAAACCCAAGCAUGCUGCGAGCCCUACCGUGCACCCUGUGCAGAGUCCCCAGAACAGGUUCUGCAUCCUGACCGUGGCUCCUGACACCCUGCCGGCCAUUGCGACCAUGCUCAUAGAUGUCCUGUUCUAUUCACACAGCCCUCCAAAGGAAGCUGCCCCAGGCAGUCAGGAUCUCGACUCCAUCAGGUUCUUUGCUUUCUCAUUGAUCGAGGGCUAUAUCUCCAUCGUCAUGGAUGCGGAGACCCAGAAGAAGUUCCCCAGUGACCUGCUGCUGACCAGCUCCUCUGGGGAGCUCUGGCGGAUGGUGAGAAUUGGCGGGCAGCCACUGGGCUUCGAUGAGUGUGGGAUAGUGGCUCAGAUCGCCGAGCCUCUGGCCGAUGCAGACAUAUCGGCGUAUUACAUCAGCACCUUUAACUUCGACCAUGCCCUGGUCCCAGAGGAAGGCAUUGACAGCAUCAUCGAGCUGCUCCAGAAGCGCCAGGAGAGCAGUAGAUAGCUGGCAUGGCAG